CUUCUAAGAUCCUUGGAAGUAGAUACCUUCAACCCAAGAGUACUCUUCAUAUGGCAGUUUCAGUAUCUGCAACUUCAAUCUCUCUAAGGCACAACUUUUGCCGAGGUUUUCUCUUAACCCCAAAGCCCAAUAACUCCUUAACCAUUCCAAGUAUCUUCCUUAGAAAGGGUUUUGCUUUGAGGGAAAAACAGAGCUUCAAAGCAUGCAUGGUCAUGGAGGAGAAACCAAACCACGUUCUUGACGAGGAUGAAAAAGACAUGAUCGUAGAAAGCUUUGAAGAUGUGAAGAAACAUCCAUCGGUUUCAAGUGUAGAGGUGAAACGAGCAAGAAAGAUGUUGGAGAGGUAUACUUACCUUGCAGCCGCGAUCUUGUCAAGUGCUGGCAUCACUUCAAUGGCUGCCAUGGCUGUUUAUUACAGAUUCUCAUGGCAAAUACAGGGUGGAGAGUUUCCUGCAUUGGAAAUGCUUGGUACUUUCGUUCUCUCCGUAGGGGCUGCCGUAGGGAUGGAGUUUUGGGCAAAGUGGGCUCACAAAGCUUUAUGGCAUGCUUCGUUAUGGCAAAUACACGAGUCUCACCACAGAGCAAGGGAGGGUUCGUUAGAGCUGAACGACGUAUUUGCAGUGACAAAUGCAGCUCCAGCAAUUGGUCUGUUAUGGUAUGGGUUUUGGAACAAAGGUUUAAGUGGGGGUCUGUGUUUCGGCGCUGGGCUUGGAAUAACAGUGUUUGGGAUGGCUUACAUGUUUGUUCAUGACGGUCUAAUCCACCGUCGUUUCCCAGUCGGACCUAUUGCCUAUUUCCCCUACCUCCAAAGAGUUGCUGCCGCUCAUCAGCUUCAUCACUCAGAUAAAUUCAAAGGAGUUCCUUACGGAUUGUUUUUGGGACCCAAGGAACUAGAAGGCACAGAAGGAGGCAUGGAAGCAUUGGAUAGGGAGCUUCAAAGAAGGAUCAAGCUAUGUAAAUAGCGCAUUAACUUUUUUU